UCACUCCCCCACCCUUUUUCCAUCUUUCUUUACAACGACGAAACUCUAUCUUUCCUCCAUCCUAUCCUUACCUCCCAACUCAUUCUGUUCCCUGCUACGCUUUCAGGAUGACAUCCACGAUCGUACCGAAGCGUCAUCGAAACACUACAAAAUUUUCAGAUCGUCGUCCCAAUGCCCGUGACACGACUUCUUCUCGUGAUGCCAGUGAAGAAGAUAACGAUGAUAUUUCUGACGUCGGGUCCAUCCUCUCUGUGACACAAGCUACACCAUCGACACCGACUUCUUCUCCUCGUCCUUCUGGCUUACCUCCUCCUCCUUUACCACUUGGGGCCAGUAUCUUUGCCCUUGGAGAUUUACCUACCGCAUCAGUUGCGCGUCGCGCUUUAAAGGAGAAACGUCUCGAGGCACUCAGUGGCGAGGGUAGUCAGAGUGAAGGUUUGGAUAGUCCAACUUAUGACGGUGAUGUCGAAUCUACUUCUACAGUCGGUGGAACUCCUAUUCAUCCAAAUCAUCCAAACCAUCCAAAUCACCCAAACCAUCAUUCUCAUCUUCCUCACGUUUCACACGUUCUUCAUCCUCGUCGAUCAUCUUCUCCUCUUCGCGCAGGAGAGUCAGGAUCUCUUUCGGCCAUAUCGUAUGCAUCUCAACGAUUACCCACGCCUAAAGCCUCUCGAGUCAAUUUGUCAGAUGUACCGCCUCCUGUACCACGUCAACCGGUCGACGAUGUGUAUGUCCGCCCUGUUGAUGUACCCGUCGCCGACAGCGAAUCACUCGAUCAUCCUUUAAUACCUGAUCAAAUGCACUUGAGUCCGACUCGGCCAGCAGCCGAUAUGGGUCCACCGAAAAUGUAUACAAGACCAGAAGAACUGAGUGAAGAGAAUAUCAGAGCGUUCGUACAACGUGCUAUUGAUGGCAAUGGGAUUGAAGAUGGUGUCACCAGAUGGUGGAAGACGAAUUCACCUGAAGAAGGUAAGGUGGUGAGGGUGUAUGCAGAUGGAGUGUAUGAUUUGUUUCAUUUUGGUCACGCACUCCAACUCCGUCAAGCCAAACUUUCUUUUCCACGAGUACAUCUCAUCGUAGGCGUGUGUUCCGACGCCUUAUGCGCUCAACAUAAAUCACCUCCCGCUAUGACCCAUGCGGAGAGGUGUGAAGCCGUCCGACAUUGUCGUUGGGCGGAUGAAGUUUUACCUGACGCUCCUUGGGUGGUCACACAAGAUUGGAUGGAUAAGUGGGAUAUUGAUUAUAUCGCUCAUGACGAGGUGGUUUAUCCGACUAAAGAUUUAGAAGAUGUUUAUGCUUUUGCCAAGAAUACUGGGAAAUUUGUCCCCACCCGUCGAACACCUUCCAUAUCCACGUCAGACUUACUAGAACGUAUCGUACGUGGAUACCGUGAUGGAUUUUUUGAUUCCAAAUUGGAGAAAAACGGACAUCCAGAAUUACAAGCGGGUGAUAUAGAUUGGGAGGUAGCUUCUGCCGGUCGAUCCCGAGCUAGUUCGUCGAGGGGUACACAGAGGGGUUGACGAGUGAUAAUUAUAUGCACCCAUAUCAGUUGUUU